CUGGCUCCUGACUGCCAGUUACACUUCAGAGCUUGGCUCCCCCCUCACUACUGCUCUUUCCCCCUCACUGGAAAUAACUUCAGAGGAGGCUCACAUGCAACUGCUGCUGGAAGAGCUGACAGCUCGGAGGUGGAUGGAGUUUGGAGGAAGCCUCUUUGAAAGGGACCUUUAAUCACAACCACUUGCAAGAGAAUUUUCUAAUUGAAAUUAGUGGUUUCCUGAAGAACCCGCCACGUUAAUCAGCAAGUGCGUCACGGUGAGGGGAUGGCGCCGUCCUUGUGGCCAUUUGGCCUUGUGAUAACUGCCUUGGUCACAGGAUCCGUUUCCCAGAUUCCUGACCAGCAACAUGGAUGUUCCCAAGGAAGCUGCUACCCUGCCACUGGAGACUUGCUGGUGGGCCGAGCAGAUAAACUCAAAGCUACAUCAACCUGUGGCCUUCGGAGAGCUCAGCCAUACUGUAUAGUCAGCCAUUUGCAGGAUGAAAAGAAAUGCUUUGUCUGCGACUCUCGCAAACCCUACAACCCCUUGUAUAACCCCAUCAGCCACCGCAUUGAAAACGUCAUUACGACUUUUGCUCCUCAACGGAAAAAGGCAUGGUGGCAGUCUGAAAAUGGAGUUUCUGAGGUCACUAUUCAGCUAGAUCUGGAGGCUGAAUUUCACUUCACCCACCUGAUCAUGACCUUCAAGACCUUCAGGCCGGCGGCCAUGCUGGUGGAACGCUCUGCAGACUUUGGGCGCACCUGGCAAAUUUACCGUUACUUUGCACAUGACUGUACCUCCUCUUUCCCAAACGUGUCCCGCAACACCCUGAGGAAGGUGGACGACGUUAUCUGCGAAUCCCGUUACUCAGACAUUGAGCCCUCCACGGAAGGAGAGGUCAUUUACAGAGUUUUGGAUCCAGCCAUCCCGAUCCGAGACCCAUAUGGUCCAAAUAUUCAAAACCUCUUGAAGAUCACCAACCUCCGAAUCAACUUUACCAAGCUGCACACAUUGGGUGACAACCUCCUGGAUUCCCGCGUGGAGAUCAAAGAGAAGUAUUACUAUGCCCUCUAUGAGCUGGUGGUGCGAGGGAACUGCUUCUGCUACGGCCAUGCUUCCGAAUGUGCGCCCAUCGAAGGAUUGUCCAGAGAUUUCGAGGGCAUGGUGCAUGGAAGAUGCGUGUGCAAACACAACACCAAGGGGCUCAAUUGUGAGCAAUGUGAUAGUUUCUUUAAUGACCUUCCCUGGAGACCAGCAGAAGGACGCAGCACCAAUGCCUGUAAAAAGUGCAACUGCAACAAUCACUCUCGCAAGUGUCACUUUGACAUGGCUGUGUACCUGUCUACCGGGAAUGUCAGUGGUGGGGUGUGUGACGACUGUGUGCACAACACCAUGGGCCGUAACUGUGAAUUCUGCAAGCCAUUCUUCUACAAGGAUCCAAGCAAGGACAUUCGGGACAGUGCAGUAUGCAAAGACUGUGACUGUGACCCAGACGGGUCAUUGGACGGGGGGCUGUGUGACGCCCAAGAUAGCCCAGCUUUGGGUCUCAUUGCUGGACAGUGUCGAUGCAAAGACUAUGCUGAAGGCCCAAGAUGUGAUCGAUGCAAGACCGGAUUCUUUGGCCUGAGUGCAAAUAACUUUCAAGGCUGCCAAAGGUGCCAGUGUGACCCAAGAGGUACAAUCUCGGGCGGUGCCCAGUGUGACCCUAUCAGCGGUGACUGUUUCUGCAAACGCUUUGUGACCGGGAGAACAUGCAACCAGUGUCUGCCAGAAUUUUGGGCCCUCAGUCAUGACCUUCAUGGGUGCAGAUCUUGUGACUGUGAUGUUGGCGGUGCCUGGGAUAAUCACUGUGCUAUGGAGACUGGCCAGUGUCGAUGCCGGAGUCAUAUGGUUGGCAGGCAAUGUAACCAGGUGAAAUCUGGCUAUUACCGAAUACACUUGGAUCAUUACACAUACGAGGCCGAAUCUGCUGUGCAUCGACAGGGAUGUUCAGUGUUGGAGAGGGAACGUCCAAUUGGUCGUCAGGCCACAUGGACCGGUCCUGGGUUUGCCCUGGUUCCAGAGGGUGGAAUUCUGGAGUUCCAGAUCAGCAACAUUCCCUAUUCUAUGGAGUAUGAUGUCAUCAUCCGCUACGAACCCCAGCUUUCAGCUAUGUGGGAACAAGUAAAAAUAUCCAUAAUUAGACCAGGUCCUAUCCCAACAAGCAGCCCAUGUGGUAAUACCAUCCCGGCUGAUGAUCAGAUGGUGGCAUCUCUACCCCCUGGCACAAGGCAUGUGGUCCUGCCUCAGCCGGUUUGUCUGGAACGUGGAGUCAGUUACACUAUUCGACUGGAGUUUAGCAGAUACAGUUCCAGAGAAAGGGUACCUGGAGCCAGCAUAUUGGUUGAUUCACUGGUGUUGGCUCCCAGAUACUCGGCCAUGGAAAUGUUCAUAGCCGGGGACCCCGCGUCAAUACAACGAAAGGACACUUUUGAACGUUAUCGCUGCCACAGCAACAGUGGAAAUGUGAUAAAGUCACCUACCACCGAGGUGUGCUCCGGCCUCAUCACAAGCAUGUCGGCUGUCAUUCACGAAGGAGCCCUGCCCUGCAGCUGUGACCCACAGGGAUCUCUGAGCUCCGAAUGUGACCCCAAUGGUGGGCAGUGCCAGUGUAAAACUAACGUCAUUGGGCAGCGCUGUGACCGAUGUGCACCAGGAACUUAUGGAUUUGGACCAACCGGGUGCCGAGUCUGUGAGUGCAAUAAAGAGGGAUCCAGCCAGAAUUUCUGCGACCAGCGCACGGGUCAGUGUCCUUGCCGGCCAGGAGCAUUUGGUUCCAGGUGCGACCGCUGCCAGCCUGGCCACUGGGGCUUCCCGAACUGCCGGCAGUGUCAGUGCAACAGUCAUUCGGAAGAGUGCGACCAGAGAACAGGGGCGUGUCUGAACUGCAGAGACCACAGCACUGGAGACAGAUGUGAGAGAUGCAUUGCAGGCUUUUUUGGAAACCCAGUACUCGGAUCAGGGGAUCACUGCCGUCCCUGCCCCUGCCCAGAGGGACCCACCAGUGGGCGACAUUUCGCAGCAUCCUGUCAACAAGACCCCCGUUCAAGACAAGUCAUCUGUAACUGCAAACAGGGGUACUCAGGUGCUCGCUGUGAUGAAUGUUCUCCAGGGUUCUUUGGAAAUCCAUUCCAGACUGGGGGCCGCUGUCUUCUUUGCCAGUGUAACAACAACAUCGAUAUGACAGAUAUUGGGGCUUGCGACCGUCGCAGUGGGCAGUGCCUCAAAUGCAAGUUUAACACCGAAGGGAGGUUUUGUGAGCACUGUCGAAUUGGCUUUUAUGGUGAUGCAUCAAGGCACAACUGCAGAAAGUGUGCAUGUAACUACCUUGGGACAGAACCAAGCCAGUGUCCUUCACGGGAAGACUGUAUGUGUGACAGAACAAGUGGCCAGUGCCAUUGCUUGCCAAAUGUCAUGGGACAGAACUGCGACCGUUGCAGUCCCAACUUUUGGAACCUGGCAAGCGGCAAGGGCUGUCAGCCGUGCAACUGUGACCCCAACCAUUCCUUCAGCCUAGCCUGCAAUGAGUUUACUGGAAAAUGUCAAUGCCGGCCUGGAUUUGGUGGUCUGACCUGUACAGAUUGCCAGGAAAAUUACUGGGGAAAUCCCAAUAUUCAGUGCAGGGCUUGUGAUUGUGAUCGUCGUGGCAUCAAGGCAGCACAGUGUAACAGAGCCACUGGUCAUUGCUCCUGCCGUGCUGGAGUGUCAGGAGUGCGUUGUGACCAGUGUGCCCGGGGAUUUUCCGGCCAGUUUCCUGAUUGUCAGCCCUGCCAUCAGUGUUUUGGAGACUGGGACCGAAUAGUUCAAGAUCUGGCCACUCGUACCAAGAGCCUGGUUCAAAGAGGCAAGGACAUCCAGCUGAGUGGGAUAGCCGGAGUGUACCAAAAGAAUUUCCGUGACAUUGAAAAGAAACUUGCCAAGGCUCGGGCCAUUGUCAAUGCUCGUAAUGCCACUGUGGAGUCAGUGACUCAACUAAUGAAGAUCAUGGAUGACCUGCGGAAUAAAAUUAAUGAGUCAACGGAGGCUCUCACGCAGUUAGAGGUGGAGCUGACGACUGUGCAGGAUGAGAACUUUGAUGCUAAUCAUGAUCUGGCGGAGCUGGAAAGGAAUGCUCGGAGUUUAAACAUGACUGCCAAGGAGAGGUCCCAUCAGUUGGAUGUUCUAAAGAACUCCAACUUUCUGGGUGCAUAUGACAGCAUCCAGCAAUCUCAUGCAAAAUCUAGACAGGCUGAAAAACAAGCCAAUAAUGCCACCACUAAUGUUCCCAGCCCUGUUAGCCAUUCGGCCAGGACCAGGGAGAAGGCCCAGCAGCUAAUCACCCACAAGCGUGACGAUUUCAACAGAAAGAAUGCGGCUAAUCGUCGGGCACUUAAUGAUUUGGCAGCUAAAACAGACACCCUUGACAUGAAGAAGAUCAAUGAGAAGGUCUGUGGUGCUCCAGGAGAUGCCCCAUGCUCUGAGAGCCCUUGUGGUGGAGCUGGCUGUCGUGAUGAUGAGGGGAACAGACAUUGUGGUGGGUUGAACUGUAAUGGAGCUGUGGCUACUGCUGACAAUGCCUUGGGUCGAGCACGCCAUGCUGAAGAAGAACUUCAGAAAGCACUGGGAGAAGUAGAAGUGCUUUUUCGAAAGGUGGCUGAAGCAAAGGUAAAGGCAGACAGAGCAAAACAGAGGGCACAGGCCACCCUUGACAGAGCCAAUGAAACAAAGGCAAGGGUGGAACAGUCCAAUAAGGAGCUGCGGGAACUCAUCCAGCAAAUCAAAGACUUUCUGAACCAGGAAGGUGCAGACCCAGACAGCAUUGAGAUGGUGGCAAGCCGUGUCCUGGAUCUCACAAUCCCAGCAACCCCAAAGCAGAUACAACGUCUUGCUGAAGAGAUCAAGGACCGAGUGAAAACUCUUGCAAAUGUGGAUGCCAUUCUGGACCAAACCACCGCUGACGUGCGCAAAGCAGAACAAUUGCUGCACGAAGCCAAACGGGCCAAGAACCGAGCUGAAAAUGUAAAGAACACGGCAGAGUCUGUUAAAAAGGCCCUGGAUGAUGCUAGGAGAGCUCAGAAUGCUGCAGAAGGUGCUAUUCGAACUGCCAAUAAUGAUAUCAAAGACACGGAGAGGAAAUUAACAGCAAUUCAGACAACAACAUCUAGUGCAGAGAAUUAUCUAAAUGAUGCUAUGGAUCGAGUGGGAAAUCUGGAUAAACAAAUUGAUGCUCUGAAAAUGAAAAGGGCCAACAAUAGCCUGGCUGCCAGCCGAGCAGAAGAAUCUGCCACUGUGGCAUUGGACAAAGCCAAUGAUGCCAAGAAGAUCUUAGAAGGGCAACUCGCGGACAAAUACAAAACUGUUCAGAAUGUCGUUGAUCGGAAAGCCAAGAACAUUAAAGACGCAAAGACAAAAGCGGACCAACUUCAAGAUGAGGCAAAGAAACUCUUAGAUAAUGCACAGGAUAAACUAAAGAGAUUGCAAGAUUUGGAAGUUGAAUAUACGAAGAAUGAGAAACUUCUACAGGACAAAGCAAAACAGCUUAAUGGCCUAGAAGACAAGAUGAAGGAAAUCUUACAUGGAAUUAACCAACAGAUUCAGAUUUAUAAUACGUGCCAGUAAAAGGAGAAGCGUGCCGAUGCCCCAUGAAUCACUGUGUAUUUUGCUCUCCGAACUCCUCAGCCCAACAGUUGGAGUUAAUGACCCAAAGACUUUUUCUUAUGUAGAGUGCCUUAUUAGUCAAAAAGUAAUAACUGUGCCACAACAUAUAUUUAAUUUGCAUCUUUGUGUGCCAGUUAGAUGUCAACUCAUUCUUGUCCUAUUCCACUAUAACUCGGAGGGAUAUAUUUAUCAAUGGUUGAAGAGACAAUUUUCUACAAAAUUUCUACAAAAUAUAAAAUACACCUGACCUCAAACCACUUGCUUGAUUGUAUUUCUGGAAAAUUUCCUCUUCACCAGUUGAUAGAAAGUGGUCUGGACCUUUUUAUAAAUACUAAAGUUACAGGACAACACAAAGAUCACAUGAAUGCUCAACACCCCUGUCUCUAAGAUAAAUAAUUGCCUACCCGUUCACUAGUGAUGUGCGGGUUGACCCAAAACCUGCGGUGACCACCGGUUGGGCAGGUUCGAAUUGAAAUUUGGCAAACCAUUGGUUAGGGUUGGUUGAGGAUCAUUUCGGGGAAGUUCACUCCUCUACUGCUCCCGUCGAUUCCCUGUCUUGGAACCAGGGGUGCACACAUAUGUAGCGCAUAGAGCAAGAAGGCAAACAUGGGUACCGGUUGGGCACAAGCCCUACAAUGGUAACAUUUUGCAGGUUAGGGUCAGGUGUGGGUUAAGGUUUUGUGGGUUAUGGUCAGGGCAGGUAGAGGUUUUCAUGACCCACACAUCAACAAUACCUCCCAACUGUUCGGUUUUUCAAGGGACAGUCUGGAUUUUGACAGCUCGACCUGCAGUCCCGGAUUGUUCGUGAAAUGUCCACACUUUCUCUUUGAUCUCCUGCACUGAACAGCCAGAAAAAGAUUACAGCAGCUGCACUUACAUACAUUUGUAACAAUUUAAGAUAAGCAAAUAUACACUUGUAAUUACUUUAGAUAAGCAGUGCUAUUGGGGAAACUCUACAUGUUACACAGUGUAUUUCAGUUUUUGUCAAGUAAGGUCUCAUUUACUGCCAACAUUUCAGUUGUAAAGGUGCUGUAUUUUUUUUAAGUCAAGGUGCUUGUUUAUGGAGCAUAAUGUAGCAUUCUCCUGCAAAUAAACCCACAUCAUGAAUAGAUGCACAUCUAGAUAAUAUUGCCUAGACCACUGAGUUUCCUAGACUGUUUUAAGCAGGCCGAAGACACCAGUAUAUGCCGACAGACAUGAAGCAACAGCAUAUUCUUAAAGUAACAAAAUUAUAUUGUAAUUAAACGGUUAAUGUAUACAUAUGGGAACAAAAGAAAUGGUGCUCUUGUAGGCCAAUUAGAAGUGCAGGACUGUCCCCAUACUUCUCAGCCCCCUUAUGGAUGGCAAAGAAAGUGUGGAGAAAGACAGUCCUACAAUUUCAUAGAAGGCCUACAACCUUCCAAAUCAUACCAGUGGAGAACAUCAUUUAGUGGGGUUUUCCAUUUUUAAAUCUAUGUUACAUAUAGAAAGGCUAACGUUUUGCUCCUAGUUUCAGUUCAGGGGUUGGGACGUAACACUGGGGGGCAGAUGUAUCAAGGGUCGAAUUUCGAGGGGUUAAAUCCCUCGAAAUUCGACUAGGGAAUAGAAUCGAAUAGGCAAUUCGGGCGCAUUUACGCGCUGGCGAAUAGUCGAAUUGGCAAAUAUUCGCCAGGCGAAUAAGCGCACGAUCGAAUAUUCGCUCGAAGGAUUUUCAUUCGAUCUAAUGCCUUUUUAUUCGAUCAAAAACUUGGAAAACAAGCCUAUGGGACUUUCCCAUAGGCUUUUAAAGCAAAUCGGUAGGUUUUAGGUGGCGAAGUAGGCAGUCGAAGUAUUUUUAAAAGAGACAGUACUUCGACUAUCGAAUGGGCGAAUAGUCGCAGCGUUUUUGCGCUCAAUCCAGUACUUUGACUAUCGAAUGGGCGAAUAGUCGGAGCGUUUUUGCGCUCGAUCUAUUCGAAUCAUUCUACUCAGGCGAAUUUAUGCCAAUUCGAUAGUCGAGGAGCACAAAAAACUACUCAAAAUUCGAGCUUUUUUCCCUCUAUUCAUUCACCCGAGCUUGGUGAAUGGGCCCCUAAUUCUAUCUUGGGGUGCAGAGUAACUGAGGUCUCAUCUAUGUCUCUUGGAAAGCACAAAAGUCUGCCAAUAUCCUGAUUCUGAUCAGUCAACAACCAGCUUAACCACCAGGCUCGUUAAAGACCAUAUAGUAAGGGUGUCCUUGUUUGGGAAAGGGGACGAAUGAGUGGAUCUCACAGAAAAGUGGGGGGAAGCCUCUGUCAUUUGUGGAUUGGCUGAUGCUACCCCCUAAUGUGCUGAUGGGAGUAACAGACAGACCUGUCCUGUCCCAUAUUUGAUAUGUAACAUCCCUACAUUCACGUCACUGCUGGCAAUAAAGAUGCAAGCACUGAAAAAAAGUAAUAUAUCUUAAGAUUAAAUUAUAUUACAAAUGUAUGCCUCCCAUGGUUUGCUUGAAAUUGUAUUUUCAUUGUAUCUGAGCACAAAUAAAAUAUUCCACUGUC